GCAAGCCAAGCUGUCGCGCAGGCCACGAGUUCUGCUAAAAAGAAGAGCAAGUCCUCCGAACAGUCCUCUAGCAAAGCGAAGUCAACUAAGGCACCAGCGCGGACGCCGACGCAGCUAAAUCCGGAUCUUUGUACCAACCUGUCUUGUCCCGGGAAGCCCACCUGCUCGAAGAUACACAUAGCUGACAUACUCGGUCCUGCAUCACGUGAUGACCACAGUCGGCAGAGGAGGCCGGAAUCGCCUCGUCAACCGGCGCCCCCACCGCCAAAGCAGGUUUCGAAGGUGAAGAAGUCCGCGACACCUGCCGGUCUGUGUACGGAUAUCACCUGUCGGGGUGCAGGCGUCUGUCCGAAAUUGCACAUGACUGACUUUAUGACUUAA